UUUUAUAUGGUAAAAGUAAAACGCUUUAUACAAAAAAAUUAAAAUCAAAUGAUGAUCAACCAUGAAAGUUUAUAAUUAAUCAUGAAAAGGUCAUAUCAAACUCAACAACUAACUCUUACCACAUGAAAAUAAUGAGUGAAUGCACAUUUCAACUAGACCAUUCUAGUUUUCCACCCUUCCCCUUUUUCCCUCUCCAAAAACACAUCAUUACUUCAUAACCCUAUUUGCCAACCCCUUUUUCUUUAAUUAGAGUUUGUCUUAAAGAUAAUUAACACCCAAUUAACAAAGGAUAAUUAGAUAAGCUUUAUUAUAAAAAGUAUUUAAUUUAAUUAAAAGUUAAAAAAAAAAAAUUACAAAGAAUGCCUUAAAACUACAAUUAAAGCAGUAAAUUGCACGGCCGUUACAAAUGGCGCGGGACCCUUGAAUUCUCUCUCCAAGACUCCAACAAACGCGGUUUCUCCAAGUCAUACCUGCUUUGCUUUGCUGCUUCUCUUCUCUUCAUUCUUAUUUUCCUUUCUUUUCAUCAUUUUACAACGCACCUAAAUUGUAUAUUCCUUUUCUUAAAAUUGGUAAAACCCCUUAAAAAUCCACUAAUUUAAUUUAGUUUAAUUUAAUUAUUUAAUCCUUGAUUUUUUUUUGAAGAACGUUCAAAACCCCUUUUGAAUAUUUCAUCCAUUUUUCAUCUUUUUCUGGGUUGGAGAUUUUUUCUUCUUCUUCAAGAGUCGUGCCUUUCACCCACUUCUCUUGCCAAUAAAGAAUGGCUGAGGAAAAUGAUGAUAAGGCUUCACUUGAAGAUAUGGAGGUGGAAAGUGGUGAUAUAAUGACGAAUAUUGAAUCAAUGACCAAGGAAGAUGGUGAUAGCAGCAUUGACCAGGGGAAAAUGGAAUCUGGCUUUAUUGAUGAGGAAGAAACAGAUAAAUUGGCUGAUGGAACUUCAGAUGCUUCAAUCAAGGAAGAAGAUGAAAAUUCGAGAGGCAAUAUUACAGAGGUUGUUCUUUCAAAGAAAUCCCUAACUGAAGAUACUGAUUUUUCUGUAGGUCAGCUGAGAAAAAAGUCUGACUUAGUUAUUGUUGGUCCAAAUCAUAAAUUUAAUGUCCGUUCCCGCUAUCGUAGUGCUUCAAUUGGUUCCUGCCAUGAUAUGUGCAAGUAUGGCCAUAGACACGAGUCAGAGAAGAAGACUAGUAGACUAGUACAUCGAACAAAUAGAGAAGCCCAGCCCUUAAAGAAGACAACUAGUGAAGACUUGGAAAAUUGUGCGCUGGAGAAAGUGGCCAAGGUGAAAGAGCGGAAACGACGCACAUCUCUUUCAGGUCCCAUACCAGAGAAAGCUGUCCUAAUGCGUAUGGAGGAUAAUAAUUCCCCUAAGAAAGACAUAGACAAGUCAGUGAUGAAGCGUGUGCAGAGUGAAAUUAAGCCAUCUACGGUUCCAAGUCCUGGAACUUCAAGCAGAAGUAAGACUAAUACUCAAGCUGUCAAGAAACCAGUGACUCAAAGCCCAAAUUUGCAGAAAAGCUUGACCCAAAAGGUUAAAGAAAUAAAGACAUUGAAGGAAGAGGGCAGUUAUAGCAAGGGUGAAAAGGAGGUCAAGACAAAAGAGCCAUUGUGUAGCCCUUUAGAGACAUCACUGAAGAAGAAAACUGGGUAUAGCAAGGGUGAAAAGGAGAUCAAAGCAAAGGAGCCAAUAAGUAAUUCUCCGAAGACACCCCUGAAGAAAUCUCCAAGCCUCAAAGCAAGACUGUACAAAAAUCGCAAGAGUUCUUCUCGCUUCAAAAAUCAGGUUAACCCUGAAGAAGCCAAAAUUGAUGCACAUGAUGAUAUUUCUGAGAACACAGUUUGCAUGAUUAGACCAAAUUCAGAUAUAUCUUCUGGUGAAAAUUCACGAUGUACUCCUCGGACCAGCAAAACCCAAGGAUCUAAAGGUAGCAAAAAAGGAACUGGGUUCAGUCUGCUGUCUUCUUCAUCUCGAGAUUCUUCUCGGCAUCAGGGCGGGGAUCAGCAAGGUUCAGAGACUACAAAGAAUAAACUGAUUGUUAUUAAAACAGAAGAUGGUGGAUCAAAAUCUGUAACACCUAGAGCUAAAUCAACUGUGAGUCGCAGGACGAAAAUUUUAGAUUUCAAAAAUACCAAACAGACUGACACAUUACGAGAAGAUGGUUGGUCAAAAACUAGCACUUCAAGGGUUAAAUCAACUGUGGAACCUAAAGUGAAACCAAGAAGGAAAGCGAAAAGUUCUCUUGAAGAGAAGGAUGCUUCUGCUUGGAAAGUGAAAUUCAAGAGAGGCACUGUGGUUGCCCUUCAGACUGCAAACAGUGCUCCCAGAAAACUUCGGUUUAAGAGAGGGAAAAUUUUGGGUGAGGACCAAAAUGCCAAGUCUGAGAUUAAAAAAUUGAAGAACGAGAAUGAUAUGAGCAGUGAAACACAGGAUGCUGAACCUGGACCAGAAAAAGUUCGUUUGAGACACCAAGAAGCAUCAGAGAAAAAAGACGAUGUAGAUUUGAACAAUGUGAUUGAAGAGACUGCAAGCAAGCUUGUCAAGACUAGGAAAAGUAAGGUCAAAGCUUUGGUGGGUGCUUUUGAAACUGUGAUGUCUCUUCGUGAUCGCAAACGUUUGGUAGAACCUAGUGCCUCCUGACAUGCAGAAAUAUGGUAUGUAUCAUAUAGCUUUCUUGUGUAUAGUUAUAGCUUUAAAGUCGAGUGACAUGGUGUGAAGAUAGCCAUUUGUGUUUUCCUUUGUUCCCCUAUAUUCACUCAUGGAGAUGUUUGUACUCCAUACCAGUGCUCAUUUUGGAGGCUAUUGUUUCUUUUCUGAUGUAUAUAUUUUGGGGAUUCACAUUUAUAAUUUUUUUCAAUUGCUAUACUAAGACAUCUUCUGAAUAUUUUUUUCCCCCGUGUUUGGGAUUUUCUUGCUUCAA